AGGCACCACACCGAGAGACUGAGAGAGAGGGGGACCCAGGCAGCCAGGGGCAUUCAGAAGCUACACACACUCCAGACUAUUUUCUGUGUCUGUGAGUGUUGUGUGUGUGUCUUUGUGUGUGUGUGAGUCUUUGUGUGUGUGUGUGUGUGUGUGUGUGUGUGUCUGUGGCAGCCCUGUCAGACCUCUUCACCACCAGCGAUGAGUGUCAUGGCAGCAUGGCACUGACGUGCCCCAGAGCGACGGCGGGAAAAGUGCCGCCGCCAGCCGUGCAGCUCUGGGCGGCGAGCUGGGCACUGGCGCUGGUGGCAUCGGCCGCGGCCACGGUGGCGGUGACGCCAUACCCACCGGGGACGCGCCAGGAGAAAGCCUACAGCUUCGGGAGAAGCUUCCUGGGCCUGGAUAAGUGCAACGCUUGCGUGGGGACCUCCAUAUGCAAGAAGCUCUUCAAGGAGGACAUACGCUUUGACAGAUGGCUGUCCUCGCACCUGGAACUACCCAAGGCCAGCCGGCAGAGUUACCAAGGCAACCUGACGGAUGACUCGGAGACGUGGCGGCCCGUGGUCCUGUCUCGGCUGCUGCCUCCGCAGCGCCACCAGCUGUCUGACCGCAGCAUCUGCAGCUCGGCCGGCCGGCCCCCGACCUGCAGCAUCGAGACGGUGCUCAGGGCCACGCCCCGCUUCCAGAACUGGGCACGCUCACACCUGCUCUACCCCAGCAUGGUGCAGGGUCUGUCCGCCCCUCUGCUCCGCUGUCCGUCUCAGCGUCUGCUGGACCGCGUGGUGCGGCGCUACGCCGAGGUGCUGGACGUGGGCAGCAUGCAGAUGAAGCACUUCAGCGACAGGGACAAGCUCCGCCUGCUCUACACCCUGGCCGUCAAUCAACACCCACUCAUGCUGCAGAUGUUUCCUGGCACCGAGGGGUGGCCGUUUCCACGGUACCACGGCUCCUGCGGUCGGCUGGUGGUGUGGGCGGGCUCUCGCCCCCUGAGCUCUCUCCGCUUCGCCUCCCUGGAGCAGCGGGCCGACGUGGCCUAUCAGCUGCUCCACAUUGCCCGGGGCUUGGCCACCAACAGCCUGCGCUUCAGGCUCUACUACACCCGGGCCUCGGAGGACAUGUUCGGGCUGGCCGAGGACGGACGCGUGCUCGUCAUGGACGCCAGCGGCGUCGGGGUCAUCGACCUGCAGGAAGGGCUUCCCCCCGAUGACGAGCAGACACACCCAGCCGAUCAGAUGACGGACGUCUUCUCCUGCCUGAGCGGCUCUUGCGAGAGGCCUCGUCCGUGCUCCACGGUGCGGCCCUCGCAGAGCUUCGCCCUCCUGUGCCGGAACGUUCUCCCGCGCCUGCUGCCCUCUAGGGACCUGCUGCAGUCUCCGCGCCUGCCCGGCCACACGGCACGAGAGCUGGCCCGGUGUGCCGACGGUGCCCGGUCCGACGCGGAGGUCACCCAGGCUGCACACUCCCUGAUGGACAUCCUCAGGACCAUGAGGACAUGCAGCCCUCGCUACGGCUACAGAUACCCCGAAUGCAUCUACAACAACGGAUUCUGAUCACGUCGGAAAGAAGGGGGCAGGGCCUCUUGACUUGAACUGGGAAUAUUGGCAGGAUGGGGAGCAGGCCGCAAGCAAACAUUUGUUGUGGAAAAACAAACGGGACAAAAGAGUCAGCCAGGUUGAGGUAGGAUUUUUCCAGGCUUGCAGAGGUGCAUUUCAGUCGGACUCAUCGAUCUUGGCAGGCACUGACAUUUCACUAAGAGCAAAGACAACGUUUGUCGCAUCUGUUAUCACUUCAAGGUGGAAAGCAUAACACGUUCAUGACAGCGCAUCAUAUUGCACAAGCCAAACUUUGAAAUCCUCAAAGUCAGCCAUAAUUGAAUACUCAACACAGGAGAGUGGAUUU